CCGAAAACAGUGUCACACUCCAGUCAUUCGCCGCUACUCGAAAAUGAAAUUUGAAACACACAUCAUCAAACAGAUGAAUCACUGAUUCUCGAAGAAAGAAACCAAUUGGGAGUAAAAUCAACUUCCGUUGGCGAGUUGAAGCAAACCAAGUUUUGUUUUUCUCUUUGUUCUCGACGACUAGGAGAGAGAGACACACACAUCCGUAGACCAGGGCGUUCUCUAGGGUUUGACGAAUCUCCGAUCAUCUCUCCUCUGCUAAUUCGCGACUCUUGGAUCCGUCAGCUCCGUCAAAAAAUGUCGAGGAAAAAAUCUCCCGUCGUCUCGCCGCAACCCGCUUCUACAUCGGUUCUUCGCCGAUCGGCGAGGCUCGUCUCUCAGCGUAGCCAAGGGAAACCCGCGAAAGAUCCGGGCUUUGUCUCGGAACCACCACCGCCGAAGAGGAAAACCCGCCGCGAACUCAGACCAGAAGCCGAGAAAUCACCAGGAGGAUCGCUGAGGCGAUCUCUUAGGGUUUCGAAAAGAGGGGUUUCCGACGCCGCCGGCAAAGAAAAGUCUCCACCUUUUAGCUCCGCGAAGCCUCCUGCAUCUACCCCAUCCUCUUGCUCUCUCACUCUGAGACGCUCUCCUAGGUUCUCCAGUGGUGGUGUUGGUGGAGGAUCUCUGUUUAAUCUUCCAUCAGGUAACAGUGUUGUUUUGAGUAGUUGUAGUAAGACUAGUACCAAACAAGUUUCAUUGAAGAAAGAUGGUGUCAGAUCUAGUAGAAGUCGUCCACGUUCAAAGACUAAGCAGAUGUCUAGUAAUGAUGGAGAAGAAGGUGUUAGUGUUCGUCUUAGUGAGGAGAAAGGAAACGGUGUGAGAUCUAGUAGAACUCGUCCUUGUCCAAAUACUAAGCAGAUAUGUAUUGAUUGUGAUUGUUAUGAUCAUGAUGAUGAAGAAGGAGUUAGUCUCUGCCUUGGUGAGGUGAAAAGGAUGAAACUUUCAAACGAAAACGAUAAUGAAGGGAUGAGAAUAAUUGACAAGGAAGAAGGAUUGAAGAAGACAAAGAACGAGAGAGGAGGAUGGACGGAGGAGCUCGAGUUAGCUUUACAGGGAGCUUAUCUCACUGCGAAGCCAAGUCCUCACUUCUGGAAAAACGUUUCCAAGUUGGUCCCCGGAAAAUCUGCUCAGGAGUGUUUCGACAGAGUGAACGCAGAUCUCAUCACUCCUCGGCAAACUCAGCCCCGGUCAAGAGCCAAGAAGUCUGACCUAUCACCAAUCCCUCGUUUCUCGCUAUCUGCAAGCAAACUACUGAAACCCAUUUCGCCGACAAAGGCUAAGAUACGUCAGAGAAAAGGCAAUCUCUCUAAGAAAGCGAUCAGGCAUCUAGUGGAGAAGCAGAAUCAUAUGGAUCAAGGUCUUGGUUUUGAUCUCUUCUCAGUUCUCGAGCCUGGCGCCGCAAGCAGCUUCCUCUCGACUCCAACGGAGAAAGGGAAAAGUCUUCCGAGGAUCAUUGAAAGUCCAGUAAUGCCUGGCUCAAGUAAAGAUCAAGCAAAUCUCGUUAGCCCUCCGGUGCUGAAACAGGUGAAGAACAAGGCGUUGCAUGAGAAGUAUAUUGAUCAUCUGCAUGUGAGGGAAGCUAAAAGAAAAGCAGAGUAUAAUCGACUGGUUGGGAAAGAGAACGUUAGACCUGUGGAUAAUCAGACGAACGUGAGAGCAGCUAAAGAUGCUCUUUACUUUGAUGUACAAGAUGCAGUUCAGAAGCUUAAGGGUUUAGAGACUGAGAACUCAUCUAGUUCUUCAGAGUUCUGCUAUGGUCUUGGUGAAACUGACGAAGAAGAUGAAUCAAUCUAAUCUCUAAUCAGGUAGCUUAAUUGUAUAAGAGCAUAGAGAUUAAGAGUAAGUCAUUACUGUGAAUCUUAGUCUUGUAACCAUGUGUGUAACUGCUUGUGUGAGUUUAGUUGAGUCAGAUGUUGUACAGACAACGAAAGUUGAUUUUCUUUUAAUAUGAAGUUCAGAUUCUGAUU